AUGUCUCAUGCAGUAGAAGCAGGUAGUAACGAAAUAAUCAAACUUCUUAUUUCACAUGGUGUAGAUAUCAAUGAAAAAAAUGAUAUGGGAUUUACAUUUCUUCAUCUUGCAGCAGGACAUAAUUGUAAAGAAACAGUCGAGCUUCUUCUUUCAUAUGGACUUGAUAUCAACAAAAAAGAUGUUAAUGGGUUUACUCCUCUUUAUAUGGCAACAAAGUCAAAUUAUAUAGAAACAGCCGAAUUUCUUAUUUCACAUGGGGCAAAUAUCAAUGAAAUAAAUGAAUUUGGAGAAACUGUUCUCCAAAUUGCAGAAAAGCGUAAUUAUUCAGAAUUAGCAAAACUUCUUCUUUCACAUGGAGCAAUAUAUCAUUGA